AAAGGAGACUUGAUGCAUUACGUAAUGUUUUUAUCGUUUGUUCAUCUGCAGCGUGUUGGAUGUCAAUGCAGUCAUUUCUGCUUUUAGCGGCUUUUUUCUUUGUUACUUUUGUUUGGGACUUUUGCACGUUUCUGAACCUGCCUCAAGUAUUUCUUAAUUGUGAGGAGACACAACAUCAUGCUGUCGCUGUUGCUUCUUCACUCCCUCGCCUGCGUCUGCGUCCUCACAGAAAUUGUAGCAGGGGUUACCACGGAGACAGUGGUGGGCCUGGCUGGGAGGAGGGUUACGCUGCCGUGUCGUACAGAGGCGGUGAGCCAGACAGGAGUGGAGGUGUGCUGGGGGCGGGGCGAGCCGUCACUGUUCACCUGCCACAACACCUUGAUCAACACCGCCGGAGAUCAGACCACAUACAGGAAGUCAUACAGGUACUCCACCUCCUCCUCCUCCUCUCUGUCCAUCUUGAACUCUCGCCUGUCGGACUCUGGUUUCUAUCACUGCAGAGUUCAGCUGCCCGGUCUGUUCAACGACCAAACGUCCACCGUGCACCUCAUCAUCAUCAAACCUCGCUCUGCGGUCUCUGAGCCGUCAGACAGAGAGCAUGCUGGGAACCUGGACACACCUCCCACCACAGCAGCAGGUUUCACCACAACAGACGUGACAGAGCAGGCAGGAAGUGAUGUCACAGGAGACCUCACCACAGGGCCAGUGGUGGCGCUGGUUCAGUCAUCCGUCCAGCAGCAGGUGAACCCUCUGGACUGCCUGCUGAGCUUCAUCGGGAACACAGUGAGAGCGUCCUUCAUCGUCUUCAUACCUGCACUGCUGCUGACUGCUGCUCACAGUUUCUGGAGAGCCAAUAAGAGAGCAGAGACUGACAGGAGGCUAAACCAAUCAGAGCAGGAGGAGGACAGCUCUGUGUAGAGACACGAGUUUGUCUCUGUUGGCGAUAAAGUUUUCUCUCCUUUAUGUCCAUCUGGGCCACCGUACACACACACCUGUAAACACAUCUGUACACAAACACCUGUAAAAACACUUGUGUACACACACACACUGUGAAUAAAUGUGAUACAGAGCGUA